AUGUCUGCUGGGCAUCCGUCCGGCGUCGGAAUCAUGUUUAUGAGAAGUACAACAAAUAUGCUCUGUCCAAAUCUAUUCGGUACGUUUCCUGAUCCGUCUAAUUCACAAAAUUAUAUUCAUUGUUCCUAUGGAGUUAUGCAAGUUAUUGUUUGUCCUCAGCGCUGCUUUUACAACGACGGUAUUAAAGGUUGCAGUCCUCAGUCUUCAUCAUCAGUAACCACUAAUAAUCUUCAACUUCCACUGCUGAUAUUACCGGAAAAUUUCGGUCGUCAAUUUAUAAAGGAUUUUAAUAAAUUCCAACCUUCAGCGCCAGUUCAAUCUUAG